AUGAAUAGAAUCUUCGGUAGCAGGUCUACCGCUCCUAAAGUUUCACUCAAUGAUGCCAUCAAUUCCAUCGAUGAUCGUGUUGGCUCUCUUGAUGUGAAACUUUCUAAAAUCAACUCCGAGUUAUCUACGUACCAACAAAAGAUCAGUCGAAUGAGGGAAGGACCAGGCAAAAGUGCUUUGAAGCAAAAGGCGCUCAAGUUGUUACGCCAACGCAAGCAAAUCGAAGCUCAAAAGGAUCAAUUAGAAAACCAGCUGUGGAACAUGACCCAAGCAUCUAUGACAACAGACAAUCUAAAGAAUACCAUGAUUACUAUGGAUGCCAUGAAACUGGCUAAUAAGGCCCUCAAAGCUCAGUAUGGAAAAAUUGAUAUCGAUAAAAUAGAGUCCUUGCAGGAUGAGAUGUUGGACUUGAUUGAUAAGCUGAACGAGUUGCAGGAAUCAUUGCUGAUGAGCAAUGCGCCAGAAGAUAUAUCUGAACUGGAGUUGGACGCUGAGUUAGAUGCCUUGGGAGAAGAAAUGGAUUUUGAGUCGGAGAUGAAUGAAUCCGGAUUGGGUGUGCCAAGUUACCUUGAGGAGAUGCAAGGGCCUGACAAGUUGCCUGCUUUCAUUGAUGAAGAAGAAGAAAAGAAGGAGAAAAUUGCCAACUAG